CGCUUGUUGGUUGACCCGACCCCAUCGCGUCAGUUCAUCUUCGACUCGCCGUUUCUGUGCUUCGCCAUUCCGGCGCAGGGCCCCUCUGCUCUGACCGAAGGUUUCUCCAGUCGCCCCCUGACUUGCACUCCUGCAAGCGAGUUGUCCAUUCCGGGAACAGCUCCAAUCAUCGCGGUUCAAGGAUAGUGCAGGAGGCCCGUGCCUCCCCUUUGUUUGGAGGAUGGGGCUGCAUGCGGGCUUUGUCCUGCUCCUGCUGGGCUUCCUGGCUUCGGCGGCUCUUGGCGAUAAGUCCGACGCCGCGCCCAAGUUCAGCGACGUCUACACCGUCAAGGGCACCCUCUACAUCCCCUACGCCGAGAUCCGCGAGCCCUUCUACGCCUGGUACGAUGCCAAGUCCAGGAACAGCAGGAUCGACUACUAUGGGGGUAUGGUCAAAACAUACCAGCUCGGCAAGUAUGCCAAGUAUGGCUCAAGUAUCAAAAUUGCUCCAGUUACAACAGAGACUCAGCUCAAUGAAGAUACCUGUCUUCAGGUGAAUGGUACGAAUGAUAUGAUGAUUGAGCCUCAGGGUAUUGUUCCUGAUCUGACUGGAUUUGAGAGUGUUGGCAGUGAAAUAAUGAGUGGUCAGACUUGUGAAAAGUGGCGGCUUGUUGACACCAAGGGAGACAAGGUCAACAAAUACACCAUUUGGAUCAGGUACAAGAAAGGUCGUGGAGGCAAGAAGAUUGCCAUCCCUGUCCGAUAUGAAAUGAAAGGCUUCAACUCUCUUCUUGGCUCCCACUUCGACCAUUACUUCCUAGAGUAUGACUGGUUUUCAGUCGACCCCAUUGAUGCUGAUGUUUUCCAAGUACCCAGAGACAUGAAGUGUGAGAGCUUCCCUGGCCCUGGAGCAGACCAUGUUGUGACCUUCAAUCCAAUGCAGGAGUUCAUUCAUGGAGAUGAUAGGCAUGUUACUGCUGCUUUCGAUGAAUUCUUGCGAACCCACAAGAAGCACUACUCUCGUGAUACUGAGCAUUCAAAGCGACAUGGUAUCUUCUUGCAAAACCUGAGGUUCAUUCACUCCACUAACCGAGCUAACAAGGGCUAUCAACUGGCUGUGAACCAUUUGGCAGACAGAACUUCUCUUGAACUGAGGGCUCUCAGGGGGAAGCAACGGUCCACAACUACUUACAAUGGAGGUUCACCAUUCCCGUAUGAUGCCAAACGUAUGGCUGCUGAUGUCCCCUCUGAAUUUGAUUGGCGCCUGUAUGGAGCUGUAACUCCUGUCAAAGACCAGUCUGUUUGUGGUUCAUGUUGGAGUUUUGGCACAACAGGUGCAAUUGAGGGAGCUUACUUUGUUAAAUAUGGCAAGCUUUUGCGCCUCUCUCAGCAGGCACUUGUUGACUGCAGCUGGGGCUAUGGUAACAAUGGUUGUGAUGGUGGUGAAGACUUCCGCUCUUACCAGUGGAUGAUGAAGCAUGGUGGUUUACCUACAGAAGAUGCUUAUGGACCAUACUAUGGACAGGAUGGAUAUUGUCACAUUGACAAUGUAACACUGUCUGCUCCGAUCAAGGGCUAUGUCAAUGUCACAUCCGGAGAUGCUGAUGCUUUGAAAGUGGCUGUUGUUAAACAUGGACCUAUUUCAGUUGCAAUUGAUGCUUCCCACAAAACAUUCUCUUUCUAUGCUAAUGGUGUAUAUUAUGAUCCUAAAUGCGGAAAUACGACAGAGACCUUGGAUCAUGCUGUUUUGGUUGUCGGAUAUGGUAAUCUGUAUGGCAAGCCUUAUUGGCUAGUGAAGAAUUCCUGGUCUAACUACUGGGGCAAUGAUGGCUAUGUUCUGAUAUCUCAGGAGAACAACAAUUGUGGUGUAACAUUAGACCCGACUUAUGUUAUUAUGUAGUUAGCAUAAUUCCAGAUCAAAUCUAGCAUAUCCUUAAUUUUUUUUUGUACUUCUGUAAUAAAAUAACCCAAAAUAAAACUUUUUACAAAAUGA